AUGGCACAGAACCACGAAGACCCCGUCGUCGAGCUUCAUUCCGCCCUUCAGCAGCGCAGUGCACUCGGCGGCGGCACCACCACUACCGACGGCAUCGCUGGCCCUGCGGACAUGACUGGCGCUCAGCUUCCGGCCAUCGCGCAUGAAAAGGGCGAUAGGCUUGAUGCCGAGCACCAGCACGACCAUUCGCCGGAUGAGGCUGAGCCGACCGAGCACGAGAAGAAGACGCUGCGACACAUCGGCGACCAGUUUCCUGCCUCAGCAUUCCUCAUCGCAAUCGUGGAGCUGUGCGAGCGCUUCACUUACUACGGCUGUCAGGGUCUAUUCCAGAAUUACAUUAGCAACAGGCCUGGCGGACAAGAUGGGCCACGAGGUCUAGGCUUGGGUCAUGUCGGUGCUACUGGCCUGAAUCUCUUCUUCCAGUUCUUCUCAUACGUGACACCCAUAUUCGGUGCCAUUAUUGCGGACCAGUACUUGGGCAAGUACAAGACCAUCCUCAUUUUCGCCGGCAUUUACUGGUGUGGCAUACUCAUCCUCUGGACAACCGCUCUGCCGACCGCAAUCGACCAUGGUGCUGCACUUGGCGGCUAUGUGACUGCGAUCGUCGUGAUUGCAUUUGGUACAGGUGGCAUCAAGUCAAACAUUGCUCCGCUGAUUGCAGAUCAAUACACGAGGCGCCUUCAGGCUAUCAAGACUUUGCCCACCGGAGAGCGUGUGAUCAUCGAUCCUGCCAUCACUUAUCAACGCAUUUACAUGGUGUUCUAUGGGUGCAUUAACAUCGGAAGUCUCUCGCUGCUCGCCACUCCCUUCAUGGAAAAGUACAAGGGAUUUUGGACCGCCUUCCUCCUAUGCUUCUGCAUGUUCAACAUUGGAGUAGUCGUCCUUGUGACCUGCCGGAAACGCUACAUCGACCGGCCACCACAAGGAUCCAUCAUCACAGACGCAUUCAAGGCCAUUGGUAUCAUGAUUGCCAACCGCGACACCAAUGCCGCAAAGCCCACCUGGCGCGCCACCAAUGGCAAGACGAAGCCAGUGGCUUGGAACGACCACUUCGUUGACGAGCUGAAGCGUGCCCUACGUGCCUGCAAGGUGUUCUGCUUCUACCCUGUCUUCUGGGUCGUCUAUGGCCAGUUCUCUAGCAACUUUGUCAGUCAGGCUGCGCAAAUGGAGGGUCAUGGAAUGCCAAAUGAUCUGAUGCAGAACUUUGAUCCCAUCUCCAUCAUCAUCUUCAUACCCAUCCUCGACAAAUUGGUCUACCCCGUGCUACGCAAAUAUCACAUCGAGCUGAAGCCCAUUGCACGAAUCACCAUUGGCUUCGUCCUCGCUUCCAUCUGUGUCGCCUACGCCGCCAUCGUACAACACAUCAUCUACAGCGCGGGACCAUGCUACGGCUCACCAGGAAAGUGUCCAGCGGGCAUGAUUGGAGAGUCCUCGCUCCCAAACCACGUCCACAUCGUAGUCCAGACACCCGCAUACGUCUUCAUCGGUCUCGCAGAAAUCUUCAUCUCGGUCACCGGGCUCGAAUACGCAUACACCAAAGCCCCACCAUCGAUGAAAUCCUUCGUCCAGUCCAUGUACCUCUUCACCAACGCCAUUGGAUCCGCCCUUUCUGAAGCUCUCAUCCCCGCCACGGGAGAUCCUGCUAUCAUGUGGAUGUAUACGGGCGUCUCUAUCGCGUCGUUUCUCACUGCGAUUGUUUUUUGGUUUACGUUUCAUCAUUAUGAUCUGCAAGAGGAUGAGAUGAAUGCGUUGGAUGCUCAUGAUUAUUCGGAGAAGACGAGUGAGGCGGGGAGUGUGGCGGCGGAUCAUCAUUAUCGACCUGCGACGAAUGCGGAUGAGAAGAUUUGAAAUGUAUCCAUGAUGAUGAUGAUGAUGAUGAUGUUGUUGUUAUUGUUGUCAGGAUACAGUUCCAAAUAAAAGACCGCCAGGUAGCAC